UGCGGACACAUUUAACCGACGCACCGCUCCGGCUUCCUUCUCAUUUCAGCUGUCAGGUGUGCUUUCUACGCUUCCUUGCGUCUUGUAAACACUAGGUAUACUAUAUAUUUGCGUGGAUGUGUUUGUCUCAGUAAAGUGCUGCUCAUUUGAAGUCACAGAACAGUGUGUUUGUUCCGUCAUUCGUUUUGUUCAUUGAUUCAUUAAUGUCUUGACUUGUCAUGUGGUGUGUCAUCAUAGUGCAAGCUUUACGUGAUAUAAGAAUCAGAACCAGCUGUUUUCUUCAUCUUUUAUGUGUUUUGAUGAUGCCAGAGAGGAUUUAACAUUUUCUUCACAAUCUUCCAGUGUUUUGAAUACAUAUUUGGAUUAAUGCCUGGCAGAUUAAGAUGGAACUGUCUAAAUCUAUCACACACAAGAACGGGAGGCAGAGGAAGCCUGUGGUGUCUAACUCGGAUAUGUGGGCGAGGGAGUCCAAGCUAGAGGUUGAGGAUGAUGAGGAGACUCUUCUUCCAAACUCAGGCCGGGUUGAAGGACAAGCGAAAGUGUCUAAUGGGAUCAAAGGCGAACUGAGCAAUGUGGCCCUGUUAUUGUUCUUGUAUGUUCUUCAGGGCAUUCCUCUAGGCCUGGCCGGGAGCAUCCCUCUCAUCAUGCAGAGUAAGAGCGUCAGCUACAAGGACCAGGCCUAUUUCAGCUUUGUCUUCUGGCCCUUCAGUUUAAAGCUGUUCUGGGCUCCUCUGGUGGACUCGCUGUACCUGCAGCGGUUUGGCAGGAGGAAGUCGUGGCUGGUGCCCACUCAGUACCUGCUGGGGCUUUUUAUGCUGUACCUGUCGUUCACGGUGGACUCCAUGCUUCAGACGGAUGGUCAGAGGGGGCCGGAUGUGAUCACUCUGACCGCGGUCUUCUUCAUGCUGGCUUUCCUCGCAGCCACGCAGGAUAUUGCCGUUGACGGCUGGGCUUUGACUAUGCUUUCCAGGGAGAAUGUGGGUUAUGCUUCCACGUGUAACUCCGUGGGUCAGACGGCGGGAUACUUCCUGGGAAAUGUCUUGUUUCUGGCUCUGGAGUCUGCUGAUUUCUGCAACAAGUAUCUGAGGUUUGAGCCGCAGGAACGGGGCAUUGUGACGCUCUCAGAUUUCUUGUUCUUCUGGGGGAUUGUGUUCAUGGUGUCCACCACUCUGGUUGCUGUCCUGAAGAAGGAAAACAGCAGACACCUGCACACUAAGAAGAAGCCUAAAGAGGAGACGCAGGGUGUCAUGGAGACUUACAAACUACUGUUAUCCAUCAUUAAAAUGCCCACCGUCUUCACCUUCUGUGCUCUUCUGCUCACUGCUAAGAUUGGUUUCUCUGCAGCGGACGCCGUGACGGGGCUAAAGCUAGUGGAAGCCGGGGUUCCUAAAGAGCAGCUGGCUCUGCUGGCAGUUCCCAUGGUGCCUCUGCAGAUCCUGCUGCCUCUGAUUAUUAGUAAAUACACAGCUGGUCCACGUCCACUCGACGUUUUCUACAAGGCCUUCCCAUUCAGGCUGCUGAUUGGUCUAGAGUACGCCCUGCUGGUCUGGUGGACCCCGAGUGUUCGGCAGGAGGAGGGAUUUCCACUGUAUUAUUACGCUGUUGUGCUGCUGAGCUACGCUUUACAUCAGGUGGCACUAUACAGCAUGUAUGUUGCCUGCAUGGCCUUCCAUGCCAAGGUCAGUGACCCUGUGAUCGGUGGCACUUACAUGACCCUUCUGAACACUGUGACUAAUCUAGGAGGGAACUGGCCCUCCACUCUCGCUCUGUGGCUCGUAGACCCUCUGACCUCUAAAGAGUGUCAGGGAGCCUCUGGCCAGACGUGCGGCUCGGUUGAAGAAGCAGGGCUCUGUGUCCGAGAGGGCGGUGCGUGUGUGACGGCAUUAGACGGUUACUACGUGGAGUCUGUGGUGUGUGUUCUGAUUGGUCUCUGCUGGUGGAUCUUCUUUGGAAAGAAAAUGAAGCGGUUACAAGAAGAGAGUCCCUCUGCGUGGCAUUGCAGGGUUGCCAAAUAACAAUCUCUAUUGGACUCUGUUGUGUCUUGUUUUUAAGUUACUCCAUGCCUUGGCCUCUCUUUCCCUCUCUGAGUGACUGCUUGUUUUUGUCACACUACAGCAGGCCUGUAGUCAGGCUUUAAACUCUUUAAGGACUAAAAUAGUUGAAUUAUUAAAUUAUUAGCAGCAUAUCCGUUCCAUUAUCCCCAAAAAACAGAGCUUUAAUUCAAAAUUGAACAUCUAUACAGCUAGAGACACAUGAGAGUAACAGCAUGACAUUCACUGAUCAGUUGCCUAUUUAAUCAAGCAUUUGUUUUACAAAUACUUGAGGUCAUGUGCCUUGCACAUUUCUGUUUUUUGGUAUGAUGCAGGUUUUUUCUAAAAAACAAAACUUGUGUUCUGAUAUCAUACAUGAAUUCAUACAUGAAUGAUGAAGCAGUUGCUACAUUCACAUUUCAGCUUUUUGUGUUUUUUUUUUUUUCCUCAAAAAGAAAUUAUUCUAAUUGAGCACUUCAGGUGAAAUGUCAGUAUUUUUUUUACCCGAAUGACAUAAUCGAUCACGUGAUUGUGAAUGAAACUGGUUGUAGUACUACUGAAACUGGUUACAGAGAUGAAAAUGUUUAUAUUAAGUUCAUUGUGUUCUAUUAUGUUUAUAAAUCACGGACUUUAGCAAGGCCAGGAAAAACAUAUUGACAGAGACUUUAUAUUUUCUCAUCUCUUAUUUUUUAAUUUUUGUUUGGUCCUUUUCAGUGUAUUUUUAUGGCCAGUGCUUUUAAUGCAGUUGUGACUGAACUUUCUGUUCAUGAAACCAACUAUUUUUUGUUACUUUCCAAAAUCCAUGGCAACAAAGUUAAUCAUUAGAUUUUCUGUAAAUUAUUUAGGGUACGUUUACACGACAACAAUGUACUAAAAACAUGAGUUUUUCACGUACAGACAACAUAAAAACGAUCUUCGUUCACACGGAUCCACGAAAACGACUGGUAAACUGUAUUUACGCUUCACUAGGAAUAACGGUCAAUUUUAUAAUGGUUACUUUUCUAAAAUAUAAGACAUUCUUUAUGGUGAAUUUGGCUGGGAAAAGCAAGCUACAAA